AUGUACAUUGGCGAUUUUCAGAGUUGGUGGCCUCAUCUGAAAAAAUUUUCAAAUUUCGGUGAUCAAAUUAAAGUGAAUAUUCUAACACCAAUUGCUGGCACUGGAACAUGUUGGCCAGUGGAUAAAUCUGGUCGGCCACAAACUCUUCUAACACAGAUCAAUGCACGUAUGGCUAAAUUGGAGAUAAAUAUUGAAGCAGUUUGGCGAUUAAAUGGAAAACAAUUGAAUAUGCAAGGAAAUUUAUCUGGUUUUCAAGGAUUACGAUCAUUUGUUGAUGAUAUUAUUAUUCAUCGACAUCCAAUAAGUAAAAUACUCACAGAUACUGAUAUCCCAUCAGUUGGUACAGCUUUGGAUGCGACACGUCCAGUAAUCUAUGUAUUUCCUGGUUAUGGUGUCACCUCGCAAUCAUGUGCUCUAUUCACUGUACAAGGAUUUACAGCUCUAUUGAGUGGAAGUUAUACAACACAAACAUUACCGAAUUGGUGGCCAAUGGUUAAACAUUUACCAAAAUUGGAUGCUGCCCUAAUUCCUGAUUGGUCAGCAUCAAAUAUUCUAACGUAUCGUUUUAUCGAGGAGGCUUUAAAAUCUGGCCAAAAUGGUAACCAAAUAUUUGGUGAAAUCUUAAUGCCGCCCAAUGUCAACUCUUCCACGGAUUCCCUUUCCGAUAUAUCUUCUGGACUGAUUUUAUCUCCACCGACCAGUCUUUCCGGAGCACAUCAUGGAACAUGGGCUUCAUCAGCUAGUAUGUCAGGCGAUUCAAUCCCCCCUUCUCUUGUGCUCUAUUCAAAAUUAGGCUGGGGUGAAUUAAAACUACAACCGUUAUCCCUACGAUGUGGCCUUUUACUUAUGUGGGAGUCAAGUGUACACGGCAUUCCAUCACAACACCCACUGUGUAUUGCUAUCCCGUCUGUACAGCCGGCUAAUUCGAAUCCAGUACAAUGCCUUACUCGAUUGAUGAAAGCACUGUGUCAAGUGCCACAACUCUCAGGUCCACCAUCAUCAUCUAACCGUACUGGUAGUGGAAAGUCAAUUGUCAAAUCUGCAGUGAAACAACAGGCGGCAACACGAACGUCACUCAUACGCUCAACGAAGCCGCCUACAUUGAAUGCAACAUCAACUGUAAAAGAAACAGCUACUUCAAAGACAACCAAUAAUAAUAAUAAUAAUGUGAAUGGAAGACCAGCUGCAACAAGAAAUAUUACAUCAUCUCCUUUACAUCAAAAACCAGCGACUACAACCACAUCUACAAAACCACCGCUAACUGCGCCUACAUCAAAGAAACCAAUUCAUGACAAACCUACAUCAGACGCCAAACAUGUGAAUAAUUCACAUCAUGGUGUUAGUGUCGAUGCGCAUCAAAAACGUCCAACUUCAUCAUCAUCUGCAUCUGCAUCACUUCUGGAGGCAAAGAAGACAAAACCCUUCACAACAUCUACUAAACAACCGCCUGUAUCAGAGCUGUCGAAACCGUCUUCAAGACCAUCAACUGCAGCGAAGUCAACAACAAUGGCAAAGUCGAAACCUGCGCCUACAACUACCACUGCUGAACGCCUAGCUGCACAUUCUAAUCUAGUUAAUAAUCAUAAUAAUAAUAACAAUAAUGCGGCAAAGUUGCAUACACGUAGAUCAGAGCCUACAACACACUCAGCAUCGUCGAAUAAACUACAAACAAAGAAAUCUACUAUAACCGGCGCAAAGACGAAUCAUCAUGCUCCUCCUAAACCUAUCUCUGAAGAACCAGAACUAAUACCUCCUAAGACUGCUGAAUCUAAAGAUGAGACGAAUGUUAUCAGUGCUCCUGUUGCUGUUGGCAUUGCUUCGGCAGCGGUGGCAGCAGCGGCAGCGGUGGGAGUGACAGCAGCAGCAGCAAUAGCUGCCACUACUCUACCACACGCUACACAGAAUGAUACGCCUCAAUCACCUUUGAAUGAUUCACUUGAAUUAGCCUCUGUUGAUCCUCUGCUUAGUGGUUGGAAAGGUUCCACUGAAGGUGAUAAUCAGGAGAAAGAUGAUGUACAAGAUGAUCAUCAGAACUUGCCAGUUAUCGACGAUAAAGAGGUGUUAACACCUGAAGAGAAUAAAUUCAUAACUGAUGAACAAAUAAAGAUUAGGGAUCCCGAACAACAACAACAACCGCAACCACAACCAGAAGAAGACAUUCAACAAGAGUCAAUGGUACCAACAACAUCACCAAUGACAACAGUAGGAGGGAGAGAAGAAGAGGAAUACAAAGUGCAUAAAGUAAUCCAAGAGAAUAUGAUGUUAGCUGAAGAAUCCGAUGAACAAUUGAAUCAUGAAUAUGAAAGUGAAAAUGAGGCAAAACAACAACCGUCACAACAUGUGGAACACGAACUUGAAGUAGAAGGGGAACAACACGAAGGUGAAUUUAAACAAUCCUAUAAUGAUUCAUUAGUUGAUGAAAAUGAAGAUCUAAAUGGAAAUGCUGUGGUCGAAGCAGAAGAAGAAGAGGAAGCAGAAGGGGGUGCAGCUGAAGGUGACUUUUUACAUUUACAGGAACAGCACCUCCAACAACACCAACAACCAUCACCACAGGAACAAGGAAGUUUAUACGUUGGCAGUCAUGAUGACAUGACUGAAGAGACUACUGUUCCUUAUGAAAAAGAUGAUCAUAUCUCACCAGAAAUUGAAUACAAUCGUGUAGAAAUGACGCAACAGUAUAAAACACCAUUUGAUGAUGCGGAUCCUGGAGAAGAACAAAACCACCAAUCAAUCAUCUAUGCGGCGGAGGAUGUUAGUAGUAAACCAAUAGAAGUAAUAAAUGACGCCGAAUCUCAUUCUGUAGUAAAUAAUAACUUUGUUGAAGAGGCAAAUCAAAUUAGUAUCGAAGCUGAACACGACAAUGGUCACCACCACGACCAUCAUCUGCACGAGGAUGAUGAUGAAGAUGAAGUAAUUAUUCAUACUUCUGAGGAUCCUGUACAACAAGUUGGCAAACAAGAAGUACCAGUUACUCUCGAGGAGGAACAACAUGAGGAACAACUCGCCGCGGAGGAUUUCAAUGUCAAUGAUGAACAUGGAGGAAUUCAAGGGUAUACUCCUAUGCCUACAUCACUGCCUGUAUGUAUGAUUGAAAAUAAUAAUAACAAUGUGGAACCACAACAAAGCAUAAUUGAUUAUAAUACUACUGAAAAUGUUAUAAGUAGAGAAGAAAUUGAUGUGAACGAUAAUGCUGGUGGUGGUGAUGGUGGUGGUGGUUUGGAUGAAUCAAGUUUCAAUGAUAGUCACUAUGGCUGUCAUAACUCGUAUUUCAUGCAUACACCUUGUGGAGAUACUGUAAUAUAUCUUGGAGAUGAGAAAGAUGCAUCACGAGAAGAAGGAGUGCAGUGGAUGAUGAUGAUGUUGAAGAGGCAACUUCAUAUUUAA